UACCUGCAUCGUUCACCAUCGUGAAUCCGAUUCGAAAUCGUUUUGAUUCGAGAGAGAGAGAAUAAGAAGAAGAAAAGGGCGAUUGCAAUCGAAUGGCGCUUCAUUUGUCUCACCAGAUCGGGACGCUGUGUGGGACGCCGGUGGUGUCGGAGACGGCAGCAGCCGCCGGGGGCGAUCAGUCAUCGGCAGCGGCGGUGAGCACGGCGGCUAUGCGGAAGCCCCAGACGACGGGGGUGCCGAACCUGCGGUGUCGGAUCCAGCGGGCUUCGGGGCAGGGGGAGCUCGACUCGGUGUCCCCGCCGAUGAGCCCGUGCCGAUCGCCGGCGCUGGCGGCAACGAGACCCGAUCUGUCGGUGGCGUGCCAGGCGCUGGUGGCGGACGUGGACCCGGCGACGGCCGACGAGAAGGUGGUUAGGGAGUACCUCGGGGGCGGCGGAGAGGGAGGGGCGGGGAAGGGGAAGGGGGUGCCCGUGUACGUGAUGCUGCCGCUGGACACGGUGCGGCCGGGGGGAGGGUUGAACCGGAGGAAGGCGAUGAACGCGAGCCUGAUGGCGCUGAAGAGCGCCGGCGUUGAGGGGGUGAUGGUGGACGUGUGGUGGGGAUUGGUGGAGCGGGAGCGGCCGGGAGAAUACGAGUGGGGCGGCUACGACGACCUCAUGGAGAUGGCCCGCCGUAUCGGCCUCAAAGUCCAGGCCGUCAUGUCCUUCCACCAAUGCGGCGGCAACGUCGGUGACUCCUGCACGAUACCAUUGCCACAAUGGGUACUGGAGGAGAUGGAUAAGGAUCCGGACUUGGCGUACACGGAUCAGUGGGGCCGGCGGAACUACGAGUACGUCUCGCUGGGCUGCGACAUGCUCCCCGUCCUCAAGGGCCGCACCCCGAUCCAGUGCUACGCCGACUUCAUGCGCGCCUUCCGCGACCACUUCCGCCACCUGCUCGGCUCCACCAUCGUCGAGAUUCAAGUGGGGAUGGGUCCCGCCGGCGAGCUGAGGUACCCGUCGUAUCCCGAGCUGCACGGCACUUGGAAGUUUCCCGGAAUUGGAGCAUUCCAAUGCUACGACAAGUACAUACUGAGUAGCUUGAAGGCAGCGGCACUGGAAGCCGGGAAGCCGGAGUGGGGCCACGGUGGCCCUACCGACGCAGGAGGCUACAACAACUGGCCCGAGGACACCACUUUCUUCCGGCAUGAUGGCGGGUGGAACGGCCCCUACGGCGAGUUCUUCCUUUCGUGGUACUCCCAGAUGCUCCUCGAACACGGUGAACGCCUCCUCUCCUCCGCCAGCUCCGUCUUCGACUCCACCGGUGUCAAGAUCUCCGUCAAGGUGGCUGGCAUCCAUUGGCACUACGGCACCCGCUCCCACGCCCCCGAGCUCACCGCCGGGUACUAUAACACCAGGUUCCGCGACGGCUACCUCCCCAUCGCGCGCAUGCUGGGCCGGCACGGCGCAGUGUUCAACUUCACGUGCGUGGAGAUGCGCGACGGCGAACAGCCGGGCGAGGCAUGCUGCCGGCCCGAGGGGCUGGUAAAGCAGGUGGCCGCGGCCGCGAAGGAGGCCGGGGUGGCGCUAGCGGGCGAGAACGCACUCCCGAGAUACGACGAGAUGGCGCACGAGCAGAUAGUGAACACAGCGACGGCGGAAGGAGGGGAGGAGAAGAUGGCGGCUUUUACGUACCUGAGGAUGGGGCCGGAGCUGUUCCAGCCGGAGAACUGGCGGCGGUUCGUGGCGUUUGUGAAGAAGAUGGCGGAGGGAAGGGAAGGCGUCGGACCAUGCCGGGAGCUGGUCGAAAGGGAGGCCGAACGCUCGGUGCAUGCCACCUGCCCGCUGGUGCAGGAGGCUGCGGUGGCUCUGAUGAGCGGGUGAUUCAAGGAGAUAGAGAUCGAAGGUGUCUUUUUACUUCCUUCUAAUGUUGUAGUAGUAAGAACAAGUUGGAUAGAAUAUGUAUAAACUGAGACUCAUAUGUAAUUGCAUUUAACACUGGUCCUAAAUUAUGCAGCAGUAUGGUAUGUAAAAGAAAAGGAGAACUCACGUAUUGGGACACUGAUGUUUCACGUCUUCUUUCCA